AUGAAUGUGGGAAUUUUUAACAGAGUCAAUAGUAAGAAUAAGAAGAGUGACGGCAUGUACUCAGAGUGGAGUUCAUUGCCGUUGGAGGGAGGCGGUUGUGGGGUCUUGGGAGCUGUGGGAGGUCGUGAUGUAGUCUUGGCUGUCGUGAGGCAGUUGGCCUCACAUCAACCUAGUCCACUUAAUACUGACUCAGAGGUAGAAUGGGUACUGGAAGUCAUUCGGUACGGGUUAUCAUUACCACUGUCAGAACAUGAAGCUGUUAGAGACUGCGUACGUGUUUGCUGUUCUUGGUUAUCUGCUCUCUUACCUCCUGCGGCUCCAGCUCAACCACCACCGCCUGCUGUGCCAGCACCACUGGCUGCUUCUCCAGAAAAAUAUGCUACCAAGAUACUAAGCCACCUACACAACUUAUUUGUUCCACGGCACAAUGAGAGUGCAGACUUAAUAAGUAAACAAGCUGUUCUUUGUCAUCGCGUGCUUCGCCUUGCGCGUUCCCUCGCUGACAGUGCUUCUUUGGGUUCUCGUGAAUGGAAGGCUUUACUACUCCUUCUAUUGGCUGCGGCGUCAGCCUUAUUGGCACCUCCAGCACCAGUACAUGGAGCAGCUGAGCAAUUGUGCGAAAGAGUGCUGUGUGUUUUGUUUGAAGUAUGGAUAUUGGCAUGUCACAGAUGUUUCCCAUCACCACCGCUUUGGCGUACAUUACGCGAACACUGUAUAAGUUGGCGUCAUCGGGCCCCACUCACAGAGACAUGGACACGGGUGUCUUUAUGUCUUACAGCGAGACUCCUUAAGCACAUGUAUGGACCACUAUUCCCCGCUAUGCCUAUAAGCGAUGAAGACGCCAAUUUAGUUCCGGCUGAUAUGAGCGCAGAGAGUGUAAUGCAGAGUUGGUAUCGCGUGCUGCACACAAUAGGCAAUCCCGUGGACUUGUGUCACCCGCACCUCAUUGCGCAUACGCCGCACCUUCUGCAGUACUCAAUGCGAUGGGAAGAAGGGAGCAACCAACACCCGUGGCUUAGCGCCUUGCCGUCUAUCUUCCACCGAGCCAUGUUGGGACUUGCAGCCCAUGUGGACGCAUUUCUUGGGCGAGGACAGGAGCGCUGCUGGGCGGGGCUCGGUAGUGCCCAGGCGGGGCUCACUGACGAAAAGGAGGAGGAAGAACUGACUCCUCCUACGCAUCGAAGGCUCGCCAAGUCGUUCAGCACGUCACGACCACGGGAGAAGAUACCCGAGAAAAGUGCACCGCGGUCAUCACUUAUUGGCUUGAGCAGCAGUCGACCGGCUAGUGUGGUCCCAACCACUCCACCUAAUUCAAUAACAUCUCAAGUUGGAGAGACGGAGAAACCGCCUUUAACACCACUUCGUCCCAAAGUCAACUCGAUACUACACCUGUUUGGGGAAUGGCUUUUCGAAGCCGCGUUGAUAGGGACCAACCCGACUAAUAACCAACAAAGGGGCGAAGGCACACCGCCGCCGCCGACAGAUGCUACCUUUAAAAUCAACACACUCAGUUAUCAAGCUGGUCGCGCAGUUGCACUAGGUACUCUUUGUCGUGUGAUUUGCUCCAAGCAAUGUCGCGAAGAAGUGCUGGCGCCAUACCUAGCACGUACCUAUGCAGCGUUGCAGCGCGGUCUUAGAGACCCGGCCACAGCGGCCGCUGUUGUGUUAGAUGCCGCUGAUAUAUUUCGAUUGGACCUAGAUGGCGUUCUAGUUCUAGUACCAGAUUUCAUAACAGCUCUAGACCGUAUUUUAUCCGAACGCGAACCGAAGUUGGAAUGUGGUUCCAUAGACAAACGCGAACUGCGUAAGGCGGCUAUCAGCCUUCUAUUGUCGCUGGUUGCUUUCCCUUAUCAUUAUAGAGGGUUGCCAGUUCCUGAGUUUCCUGGAUGCAAUGAUUAUGCCGGGAUGACCCUGGGAGAAUACGCUCGUGCUAAACUUUCGCUGAUCUGCGUAUCUGCCGUACAAGUGGAAACUUCGGACUCGCUCGCUGUUCCACUACUUAGCGCUCUGUACUUAUGUGUGCGUCACAACACACACGCUCUUAACAAAGCUAAUAGUGCACCGCCGGGGUCUUCUCUCUCGCAUUGUUCGGAGUAUAGAGAGGGCGGCAGUGGCCCAGCAAGCGCUGAAAGCGUUCAAGAUGACUUCGCAGCUGAUGUUAGGGAGCUAGAUCCAUCAUCGCCUGUUUUCGGUGCUGCUCUUGUUACACGAGCAACAUAUCUAGUGUGUCACCGGCUUAUAUCGUCAUGGAAAGGCGAUUUACAAGUGUCUCUGGCUGCCCUCGAGCUACUCUCGGGUCUUGCCAAGUUACACUCUGCAAAGCCCGACGCGUUGGAGCGAAAGCGCGCAGUGCGUUGGAUCUGCGACUACAUCUCUGUUCAGUGCAGUCGACCACCGCAGGCCCAUUCCCGCGACCUUCACUCUUGCGUCGUAGCCGCCUACACAUGUCUCGCCUCCUGGCUUUGCCCAGCUUUGCUCAAUGACCCUGACUGCCUCGCUGCGCUGAUGGAAGUAGUCGAGCUUGGGAUAUCGGGGUCGAAGAGUCAAGGAAAACCUGGGGAGCCAACGAAGAUGAAAGACGAAAAGGAACUAAAGCCAGUGUCUAUGAGAGUGCGAGACGCGGCCGAAGCGCUAUUGAUGCUGAUACUAGAACAGAGCGGUACAUGUGGAACCGGUGCGUGGUGUCGCUUAGACGAGCGCUGGUUGUCCGCCCUGGGCCACGGAAAAUUACGCCAUUUCGUAGCAGAUGGUAGCACUCUACUGUCGUUACUCGAAGAACCGCUUGCAAACAGUCAGGAACCGCAGCCCACUAUCGUUGUGAUCAUUCGCAACGGUUGGGGUCGUUAUGCAUGGUCUUUGAGCAGCCGUGGAGCGGCGCGGUGCGCUGGUCGCGGUGGGGGAGGGGCGUGUCCACGUCCUGUGGCCAUGCUCGAGCCACCUGCCAGAGCACCUCCUGUUUGCUUACCACUCUGUGCAGCUCCACCGUGCGCUGUAGACUCGGCUUUCCCCAGUUUGGAAGCAGUACUCCGUCAGCUAAACGAUCCCGAAGCAACCGUGCUGUUCAAGCUAUUGGAACAGCAAGCUGCUAUAGAGAGACGCGUAAGAGAGGGCGAGGAUAAUGUUACAGGUGAAGAAUACGUGCCUCCAGAACCCGUAACAGAGUUCCAAACAGCGCGCAUGUUCCUAUCGCACUUUGGGUACCUCAAUAUUGGACCCGAUAAGAAGAACUCCUUGCCCCGAUUGCAAGCGCUGGACAGCACAAACGUUGGUUUCUCAACCGCGCUACGACGUCUAGACGGCACAGGCAGCCGGGCUGCUCUGACAGUGCAUGUGGUAUGCGUACGCGCAGGUCAGCGCCGUGCCACUGACAUCGUUGCUAAUUCGCUGAGCGCUGACACAGUACCGGCUGCAUUUAUACGUAUGCUGCGCGGACUGGGAACGCCGGUGCGUGUAUCUGGCCACGCCGGAUGGACUGGCCACAUCAGGUCUAGUUAUGACGCACAGCCACACUUCACGAAUAAGGAGAAUUCUCCACCAGACAACAUCGCACCAGCUAUGUACGACGGACGGGAACAAGUAUUAUAUUGGUCUGACUCGACAGAUGAGAUAGCGUUCGUGGUUCCAUCUGGAUACGAACUUGACGAACCAGAAGAUGCAGACAGCAUGAGGACAGACGUGGAUGGCUCAUGUUUAUCUACCAACCGCAGUACAGAUAAAAGCCACGGCUCCUGCUGGGACGUGUCGGGUAGUUCCGGGCACGCGAGUUAUGAGCGCAGUACUAGCGAGUGCGAACGAACCCGACCUGCGCGAGCGCCGCUCUCUGACAAGACGAGGGCUCUCUCACUUGAGUUGGAUCGCGCAUUAACCGGUAGCGGGAGAAGGAAUAGAGAUUUUGCACCAAAAAUACUCAUCAUAUGGUUGGAGGACUUCGAAGAUCAUCUUAAUUUACCUAUAGACGACUUGCUCCGCCACUGCGAGACGGGCAUUCCGUGGCGACGUCACGAAGUGUGGUCGUUAUGCGUAAGCGCAGUGUUAGGUGGACUGGUACGUGUACUCUGCCCCCCUGCCUCUGGGGUGCUAGCAGACGGUGCAUUGGUAGCCCCACGGUUGCUACCGGAUUGUCUUCGUCGUGCUGCGACGCACCUGGCUAGGCGCACCCGGCUCAACACUGACCUCUACCAACCGCCUCACGUCCGCAGACGUUACUUGAUUCAAGACAUCGCACAGCAAUAUAAAAAGGACUUGGACGAACCAGAAUUGCUGGAGUCCUUAUUCAAAGCACCAUAG